GGACACCUGAGUCGCGGUUCCUCCACAGACAGAUGCGGUGGGCGCCUCUCGAUUGUGGCUCCUUCUUCUUCAACAGAGGAAAGGUACCCGGCGCCGUUCGUUCCUGCUGAGUGUACAUGCACAUCUCCAGGUGCAUGAAGCACUUUUCCUCUGCUGGAACACUUCUGCCUUUGUCAGUUUCUCUUCCUCCUCUUGGGCUGCCUCCGCCGUUCGCCUCGCUCUUCGCGGCGAAUGCUGCUCUCUCGCGGUCUGGACUGACCUGGUGCUCACUGUGGAGUCGAAGGACUCAGGGAACGGCGUUUUUCGAGGUGUGUUCCUUUUUUGACGGAAUAUCUUGCGUCUAGUCGGACACAACGCUCGCGCGCGCACAGCAUGUGUUUACUCCCAGCACACCCAUCGUGUUCUCGUGCUGUUUUCUCUAUAUGGGUCCAUUCGACGCGGAGACAUAGGAGAGUCAAACGCGAUUCUGAAAGCGACGCAAGCGUCGACAUCCAGCGGCAGUCCUCGUGUUGGUGUUGGGGAUUCUCAGCACGGUUUUUGAAGACGCGUCUUUCCCCCUUUUUCCUCUUGUCUCACCGCAAGACUGAAAUGGGGACUUCUCCGCCGCGCUGGUCCACGGCGGAAACGACGCUUUCAAAAAGGCGAAGAGUGAACCGCGGCGGAUUUUUCUGCACUGAGUUCUGGAACCUAAAGGCGUCACCGGGUAGAAGCUGGUGGAUUUUCUGACCAACUGUUUCCUCGUUCCUCUCACGCGCGUCCCGUCUGUCUAGGCGUCUCGCUCCAUAUUUGCCCGGACGCUCGGGCAGGAACGCGUGUUUUUGAAUUUCUCUCAUUUCUCAGAGACGGCCUAAACGCCCUCACCUCGUCACUAGACGCGAGCAGGCUCUGUGGUUUGCAGGUAUCUUCCUGCUUUGGUGCGUCUUAUUUUUUUGGGGUGUCGGUGUCUCGUUCCGGAAUGUCGAGAAAAGAUGUCCGGGUGUUUCUGAGCCCCCAAAACGCGGACACUGGUGUGUAUUGUUGAACAGCGCGUCUUCGGUUACAGGCGUUUGCAGAAAAGCCGCGAAAAGACUCGGACUCUUUCGCUGUCUCUCGCGUGCCUGGCGAGGAGGUUUUUGAGUUUUUCUGUCUCAGAACUCAGGCUGCAGUUUGCGUUUUUCCUCCUAGCUGUCUCGCGCGCGCUGCGGUUUCCCCACCGGACCGUCAUCAGAAUUAGAGAACUCGACUUUCUCGACUUUUGCGACGCGUGCAUCCUGCGCUCUCUCGAUGGUGCACGUCUCUGCCUCUCUCCCCUUUUCUUUCUUUCCCCGCUUUUUUCUCUCGCAGCCGAGAGGAACGCGUUCCUUCUGGAUUUGCCGCGCAACGCAAGAAGCCUGUCUCCCCGCCUCCCACUCCCGAGCUGUGUCCGGUGCAUCCCUUCCCUUCUUCCGACCGGCUUUCGCGCAUAUCGUUCCUCGGCUUUCUCUCUCUCUCUCUGCGCGCUAUUCCGACUCGCUCUCCCGAGUUCGUCCUGGACUUGCUUCUGGAAGCCUUCUCUGCGCGAAGAUGGAGACGACCCUGAACGGCGGCGGACGCGCGCCGUCUGCAGUGUUCCACCCGAGCACGUCAGCUCCGGCGAUCUGCUUUCCGAAGCGCCAUGCCUCCUUCUCCUGCUACGACGGCGCUUCGGGAACCUCGCCUUCGACGACUUCGGGAGGCAGCGCAGGUGACCUGGGUGCGCCGGUGUCGCGCAGUCUGCUCGGGGGGCGUCCGGUCGGCAAGCUCGGAGACUCGACGCUCUUCGGGACCGUGGACUUGACGGCGACUUCCGAGUUCCGCCCAAUGUCUCAAAAGUACGCUGCCCAGUACGAAGAGGUGAAGCAAAUUCUCGCGCAGCGCGGCGACCUGUCCAAGCGCGUGAUCAGCGCGAACGCCGACGCGUACUACAACCACCUGGGGUUGAACGAAUACUACUUCCAGACAGCUACGGCCCAGACCGUCGCGAGCAACUUGGCUUGCGUCAUCGCCGCGAAAAUCCUGAACGAGUUCUCGCAUACCGACUACUUCCCCCAAAUUCAACAGGAACGAGACGGAGAAGUCUUCCUCCUCGCCAGAGCCUCUCUGCGAAACCGAAAAGCCUCACAGAAUUUCCAGGUGGAACGCGAGAUCGAGAAGAAGUUUCUGGGGCUCUCUGGAAAGACGACUCCGUACCGCAUGCAAUGCUACCGGUCCUCGGGAUCCUUCUUCGACGACCCUGCUGAUGAAAACGAGCGACUGAGAACCUACUUUCUUCAGCAGCCUGAAUACUGCGCAGAGACAACGAAGGACGGCGUGGAUCCUUCAGAAACGGACCUCUCCAAACUCCUGGAUGUUUACUUUUUUGCGAACAAGAGAAACACAGCGACAGCUGAGAUUUACAGAAGACUCAACGAGGAGGUCGUGCGCGACUCCAGUGGACAGAACCUCUUCAUCAAUGUGGUUCCGCGAGGCACCGGCUACCGCAUGGAUCUUGCCUUCCGCCGGGGACUGCAUACAAAGGAAUUCUUUUCUCGCUUGGGUGAUAGCGUGACGAUGUGGGGCUUCUACUCCCAGCGGAAAUACGUCGAACCUCUCGCAAACGGCGUGUCGAUCAUCACGACCUUCAUCGAGGAACUGCCUGAGGAUCAGCUCACAGACUUCCCUGAAAUGAGCAUGAGCAGACGAGUCGAGCUCCUCGUGAAGGCCAUUCGCAUGCAGUACAUCAUGCAGCCUUGCAAGUUCACUGAGCUUGCCCAGGAGCGCCGCUUGACGGUGCACGAAGCCGCGUACGCGUGGGCUGUUAGCAAGUUCAUCGUCCACUUCUCGGGCACUGUCGGCCCUGCCUUUGGCGCCAUUGAGAAGAUGGUCAAGCACUUUGGCUCGGCGACCCACCUGUCUCACCAAGAGUUGUACGAGCUCCGCACGCGUCUGAAGCUGCCUCCGUUUUCUGAGGACACAGUCCUGAAAGUCGUCGAUUCUCACCCAGACAUGAUCAAGCGCCUCUACGAGGAAUUCCAGGAGAUGCACCACCCGCGUGCUUAUGCGGAGCGAGGGCACGUCCUGAAGAACUGGGAAGAAGAGACUUCGCUGAAGAGGGACAUCCAGUGUCUCGACAGCCCAGACGCGCCGCCGAUUCUGCUCAAGUUCCGGCUUUUCAACAAACACAUUGUGCGGACGAACUUUUGGAAAGACGUGAAGCAAGCGCUCGCUUUCCGGAUGGAUACGUCCUUCCUCCCCGAGGCUGACUACCCAGAGCGCCCCUAUGCCAUCCUCUUCACCGUUGGGACGAACUUCACUGGCUUCCAUGCGCGAUUCGCCGAUGUUGCUCGAGGAGGGGUGCGCGUCGUGCAGUCGUUCACCACGCAGAGCUACCAGAGGAACCGAGACACCGCGUUCGACGAAGUCUACAAGCUGGCGAGCACGCAGAACUUGAAGAACAAAGACAUUCCGGAGGGAGGCAGCAAAGGCGUCAUUCUUCUUAGCAAGACAGACUCGCGCGACGAAGCAAAUGCCCUCACCAAGUCGGCCUUCAAAGCGUACAUCGACAGCAUGCUGGACGUCUUGCUCACGGACCCACGGGUGGUCGAUCGUCUGGGGAAGGAGGAAGUUUGCUUCCUCGGUCCGGACGAGCACACCGGGACUGGAGGUCUGAUGGACUGGGCGGCGAUGCGCGCGAAGGAGAGAAACGCGUGGUUCUGGAAAGCGUUCACAACGGGGAAGCUCCCGGCCAUGGGCGGCAUCCCGCAUGACACGUACGGCAUGACGACGGCGAGCAUCGAGACGUACAUCCAUGGCAUUCUGGAGAAGAAGAACUUGAAGGAGGAGGAAGUGACGCGGCAGUUGGUGGGCGGCCCCGACGGAGAUCUCGGGAGCAACGCCUUGCUGAAGAGCAACACCAAGACGACUUCGAUCGUCGACGGCAGCGGCGUCCUGCACGACCCGGAAGGACUGGACAUCAACGAGUUGCGUCGUCUGGCCAAGAGGCGGUUUGAAGGUUUGCAGACAAGUGCGAUGCUCUACGACGAAAAACUGCUCAGCCCCAUGGGAUUCAAGGUCUCGCAAGACGACCGCGACGUCGUAUUGCCUGACGGCACAGCCGUUGCGUCGGGCUUCGAGUUCCGAGGCAGAUUUCACCUGGACCCUCGCGGAUCGGCGGAUCUCUUCAAUCCGUGUGGAGGCAGACCUGCAUCUGUUACGCCGUUUAACGUGGACAAGAUGUUCGACGAGAAAGGCAAGCCGAGGUUCAAGUUCAUCGUGGAAGGCGCAAACGUCUUCAUCACCGAUGAGGCCCGUCGCAUGCUUGAAGAGCGAGGCGUCAUCCUCUUCAAGGAUGCGUCCACGAACAAGGGUGGAGUCACUUCGAGUUCGCACGAGGUGCUGGCGGCCUUGGCCAUGACAGACGAGGAGUUCGCGGAGCACAUGCAGGUGACAGAUCCGAGCAAUCCGCCCGCGUUCUACCAGACGUAUGUGCGACAAGUGAUGGAGCGCAUUCGCGAAAAUGCUCGUCUCGAAUUCAACGCUCUCUGGGAAGAAAGUCUGCGCACUGGCAAGCCGCGCUGCGAUUUGACCGACGUACUCUCGGCGAAGAUCCUCAGACUCAACCAAGACAUUCACAAAAGUGACUCGCUUUGGCAAGACGACGAAUUGGUGAGCUGCGUGCUUUUGAAGGCGUUGCCGGACGUUCUGGUGCCUGGUUUGAUGAGCAUUGAAACGCUGCGGCAAAGAGUCCCGGAGUCGUACCUGCAAGCGAUUUUCCAGUGCUUCCUGGCGUCGCGCUUCUACUACUCGCAACAGUUCACAGACAAUCUGUCAGCGUUUGCGUUUUUCGACUACGUUCGCCAUUUGAAGGACUCGCAGCGGAGCUCGACAAUGAAGAGAGAAGACAACUGAGAGGCGAGACAAAAGGAGAGAAGACGAGGAAAAGACGAGAAGAAGACGAGAUAACUUUGCAGAUGGCGAGAAGAUCCGUGACAAGAUCUCAGCCAUUCGAAGCUCUCGUUGGUGAGGAGAUCUUCGCGCGAAGAAGCGUUUCUUCGUUGCGAAUAAAGUGUUUCAAGCGUUGAGAAGCCGAACAACCUCUUCGAGCUUCACUUUCUCUCGCGUUCCCUCGCUCGUUCCUUGAACGGAAAGAAAGACAAAAAGACGAAUCGACAGCGAGACCACGUUUUGGAGUGUAACGACAGUUGUUUUCGACUAUUGUUUUCUUGUGUUCACGAAGCGAAACCUGAAGAUAAAACACGGAAGGGCAUUUGUAGGAAGCAGAGCUCUCGUGCACUUUUUCGCGUAAAAGCACUGCGCUCUGCAUGCGUUGUCUGUUGACAAGGGUGGUGAACUUGGACGUACGAGAGGCCCCGUGAGAAGACGAAAAGAGGGUAUUCUUGUGACAAAGAGAAACGCGUGUGGUGGUGGAAAGCGGAAUCGUUUUUCGACGUGUUCCGUCACGUGAAAGUCUGUGCACCGGCUUGUACAUUUUCGCUGUCCAGGGUAUUGUCAGAUAGGCACCGAUGAGAUUCGAAAUUUUUUUCGUGGCCGAAAAUAUGGGUGUCUUCUGGACAGAUGCAUGUGUUUGCAAACAAAUGUUUAUGUGAUCCCCGUCUUCCCUGUUUGUGAACCGCGUUUUCUCGGUUUCUGGAUAUCGCCCGUCGGUUGCCUGGGAAGGAAACGCAUGGUGAACGACCGCGGACGAUCGAAACCGGAGCUUGUGUGGCAGUGUUGCGAAGAUUGGAGAAAUCUGUUUUCUUUCUUUGUAUCAGUGCACAAAAUUUCUCGACAGAGACUUCUUGCGCGAGUGGCGCCCGUUGUCGCCAAUGUCGAAAGACGCGGUAGAGACUUCAGCAACCGCUGGUGAGGAAAACGGAAAUCUCGUCAGUGAGACUAUGAAACUGACAGCCUGUGCUCGGAGAGAGUCUCUCCACUGGCAUUAA